AACAUUUAUUUACCUACACAUCUGUCUUGAUAUUUUCUCUUUAGAUUGUUUUUAUCGUCCCUAGGUGAUAAUCAUUAAUUUUGAAAGCAUUGUCGCUCUUUAUGUUGUACGUGUAGCGCAUAAUGAAUCGUUACUGUUUGUAACAAAACAACACGAGCAAGGAUCUCAGUUCUCGGUGAAAUCUCGUUUGGCUGGUCCUUGUACGAGACUUCGCGAGAUUGGACACCAUUUUAGUAAAGUGGGGAGGCAAUACUUCCCUCGCGUUUUGUGUAUAUUCUUAUUUAUGUUGUACGUUAAGGCUCGUGAGUUGCUUCUGGUGCGAAUAUAACAGUUUCAACGAAAUAUUUGUGUAGAAGUGGACUCUUGUGCAAGACUAGUGUUAGUUAUCAGUGAGUAAUUUAGGUGACGAAUUUUAUACGUUGAAGAUACAAAGCAGCGUGGUCAGUCUUUGUUUCUGUCAAGCUGUAAGGUGGGUGUUCGCUGCCGUUGCUGCACUCUUGUUAGGAAAUGCGAGCACAGCCACGGCGCAGUUUCUGUGCGCGCUUUAGCCAAGCUCUUUCAAGCUAAGUGUAAGGUGUGGAGCAUGAUGAAGCAUAGGGUGUGCUACAGAAGUGUGUGAUGACAGUGGCAGCCCUCUAGUGCACCAGGACAAGUAACUCAUUUCUGUGACUGAACUGUUGUUUCGACACUCAUGGACAAGCGCAAGAUGUUGCCGAAACGUCCUCGCAUGGAUAAUUUGCGUGGCCCGAUUGCCAAUGGCCCUAUGCAGACUCGUCCUCUUGUGGCCCUCCUGGAUGGUCGUGACUGUUCAAUAGAGAUGCCGAUUCUGAAAGAUGUUGCUACUGUAGCAUUCUGUGAUGCACAGUCAACGUCAGAAAUACACGAAAAGGUCCUAAAUGAGGCAGUUGGUGCCCUAAUGUGGCACACAAUAAUAUUAACAAAAGAAGACCUGGAAAAAUUUAAAACACUAAGAAUCAUUGUGCGAAUUGGAAGUGGAGUUGACAACAUUGAUGUCAAGGCGGCUGGGGAGCUAGGUAUAGCUGUGUGCAAUGUCCCGGGAUAUGGCGUAGAAGAAGUGGCAGAUACCACACUUUGCCUCAUCCUGAACCUAUAUAGACGUACGUAUUGGCUUGCCAAUAUGGUGCGUGAAGGGAAAAAAUUUACUGGUCCGGAACAAGUUAGGGAAGCAGCCCAAGGAUGUGCAAGAAUACGAGGGGACACGCUUGGCAUUGUUGGUCUCGGUAGAAUUGGUUCUGCUGUUGCUUUACGUGCAAAAGCUUUUGGUUUCAACGUGAUUUUCUAUGAUCCUUACUUGCCGGAUGGCAUCGAAAAGUCCCUUGGGCUUACUCGUGUUUAUACCCUGCAGGAUUUACUAUUCCAGUCAGACUGUGUGUCGCUGCAUUGCACUCUAAAUGAGCAUAACCAUCAUUUAAUAAAUGAGUUCACCAUCAAACAGAUGAGGCCAGGGGCUUUCCUGGUGAACACGGCACGUGGUGGCCUCGUGGAUGAUGAUGCCUUGGCUACAGCACUAAAGCAAGGUCGCAUACGUGCUGCAGCACUUGAUGUUCAUGAGAAUGAACCAUAUAAUGUAUUCCAAGGUCCACUGAAAGACGCGCCGAACUUGCUGUGUACACCUCAUGCAGCAUUCUACUCGGAUGCGUCGUGCACAGAACUGCGCGAGAUGGCAGCCAGUGAAAUAAGGCGGGCUAUUGUUGGACGUAUUCCUGACUGCUUACGCAAUUGUGUGAAUAAGGAAUACUUCCUGGGAGGGACAGCUGCCGCUGCCGCAGGUUACGCAGAUGGCAUGAAUGGUGGUUAUUACACUGGAGCACUGCCUGUGCAGCAGGCACAUUCAACAACACCACACGACCAGGUGCCACACUCAGUAGCAGCUGGUGCUGGUGGCGGCGCGGCAGGUGCAGGAGCAGGCGCUGUCCCUGGCCUUCCUCACAGUAUACCUCUGAAUACACCAGACCCAUCUAACCACCAUUCGCAGAAGCCAGAGCCGUCAGAAGUGCAUUAACAGGGUACACCCUGAAAAUGCUCCCACAGGCCCAGCAAAGGAGAAACUUAUCCUACGAGGAGGAAAAAAUUCAUGUCUUUGUUGAUUUUUGUAAUUGAAUGUUUAAGGAAAAACCAGAAGUUAACGAUUUUUCCCAUCUCCUGCACAAUAUCGCCUUCAGAAGAAUGAAGAGUUUACAGGAGCCAUAUUAACAUUCACAUCUUCAUAUCUACUGGUGAUACAGCAUGUUCUUUAUUCUGAGUGUGUGUGAGUGGAAGAAACUGGUGAACAAAAAGUGGCCAGACUUUUGAUCUGUGACUUGUAGGAAAGGGUUGAAUGUUAGACAUACAGAUGUAGCCCUGGUGUUCCUCCAUUUUCUGCUACCUGGGUGUUCCAGCACUGGAAAACUUAAAUAAGUUCGCAUUUUCUACAUAAGGAAUACAACACAGUAUUGUUUCUGCAGUUUCAGAUAUUAAAUCUGUAAAUCAUUCUAAUUGUUUGUCGUGUUUGGACAGUGCAAUUUGAUAUAUGUACAAAUUGCGAUGUCUGUGUUGGACAGUGAUAAAGAGGGAUUCUGACACAUCACUUAGUGUAAAAUUAAGAUGAGAAGUUCUCUGAGAAAUAGUAGUAAGAGUGAUAAGAUAGAAAUAAUUGAUUUUUAUUGUAAUAAUUCAGUUUUAGUUCUAAAUGAACAACAUUCAUUUUGAGGAGGCACAUUUUUUAAUGAUUUGAAGAAAUUGUUCUUGAGAUGCUCCACUUCAUCUACUUUCUGUUAAAUAAGAAUGAAGACAUGCUUAUUCAGCAUUGCCUCCAUGAAGCAUUAUUAUCGAAGACAGAUGCAGUAGUAUGGCAAUUGGAACCAAAAGUGUAAAGAUUUUCUCAUGUAUGUAUAGUUUCUGCAUUUAUAUUUGCAAAUGUACAUUUUGUUCUUCUCACAUUUGUGUUGUCAGGUAAUAAAACGAUGCAUCUGUUUUUGAUAACUGUUCACACAUCAGCUGCUGUUGAGUAAAAGGCAACACUAUACUUCUCAUGGUUUCAGUGUUCGAGUGUUUAUAAAAAAUAGUCUAGGUCUCUCAAUAAUGUUUGUUAAAUACUUUUGACGAAUUCUGUGGUGUAGAGAACCAAAUUUAUUACCAAAAUGCUGAAAUAAGGAUUUUAUUGCAUGUGGAAACUGUGCAAUACUGCUUUUGUUCAUUUGGAUAUUGGUAAAAAGUACAUGAAUUUUUAGAAUACAGUUUUUUUGUUUUGUUUUAAGAUAGAUCAGUUGUGAAUCAUAUUAAACCAUUUCUGAAACCCCACAUUUAAAAGUUGUGCAUGUGAAUACUGUGAAAAAUUCAAAAGUGCUGUUUAGUUCCAAUUUGUGAAAUUACCAGAUUUUGAAUAGUGCCACUUAAGUAUUUAAGAGUUGUCACUAAAUGAGUUGUCAUUUGUUUUUGUAGCCAUCAUAAAAAGUAAAUAUCAGUCGAAUGAAAUAACUCUUCAGAUUAAAUUCAUUUCGAUCUAAUUUUAGUGCCCAAGUAGUAAUAAAUAUGGGGUUUCACAACUGUAGCAAUUUUAGUGACAUUUUUGUAUCACUUAUAUGCCCAAAUAUAAUUAACUUUAUUUCUAAA